CCCAAAUUUUUAACCUUUUACUCAGAUUCUGGUUUCAAUCUCUUUGUUUUCUGCUAACUUGUUCAGGAAGCUACAAAAAGUUCCUUCCUUUCUACAUGGCGCGUGGAAGGAAGAAGGGGCAAGAAACACCACAAGUUCUGGGUGAUGAUCAGAAUGGUGGUGGGAGGGUAACGGAGCAGCAGAGACGCUCAGGCAGACCAAAGAGUAAGAUAAUUGAGAUGGAUGAUAGCGAUAGCGGCAGUGGCGGGGAUCAAAAAUUGAAUAAGCGAGGUCCUAAGAGAAGAAGAAAGGUCAUUAAAGAAGAUGGUUCUAGUUCUAAGGCAAAGGUUGAAGAAACUGAUGAUCAGAACCCUAUAAGUCCUGAAGGAAUCAGCAUUCCAGGGGGUUCCUAUCAGUUUCGGAAGCGUCGUAUAGUCAACAAACCAGAAGUGCACAAAAUCAACAAGAGAGAUUCUAAGGAGUCCUUAAUGUGCCAUCAAUGUCAGAGAAAUGAUAAGGGCCCGGUUGUGAGGUGCACGAAAUGUAACCGGAAAAGAUUUUGCUACCCCUGCUUGGAACAUUGGUAUCCUCACUUGAAAGAGGAGGAUGUUGCUGAGAAAUGUCCUGUAUGCCGUGGUAAUUGCAAUUGCAAAACAUGCAUGCGGUCCGAUGAACUUCUUCAAAAACUGAAGAGUAAAGAAAAUACCAACGAAGAAGAAGGUGACAAGGUUGAGCUCAGUAAGUAUAUGCUGAAAUGUCUUCUGCCGUAUUUAAAACAGCUGGAUGAAGAACAAAUUAUAGAGAAGAAGAUAGAAGCUAAGAGACAAGGGCUCUCAAGCUCAGAGCUAAAAGUAAAAGAGGCAGAAUACUCUAAAAAAGAGCGCAUUUUCUGUGAUAACUGCAAGACGUCAAUAUUUGAUUACCACAGAAGCUGUACGAAAUGCUCGUUUGAUCUUUGUCUUAUUUGCUGCCGUGAGCUUCGUAAUGGGCAGCUUCUUGGUGGUGCAGAUCCGGUUGAGUUGGAGUUUGUCCUCCGAGGUCAAGGUUAUUUGCAUGGUAUAAAAGAAAAUAAAGAGGUAAUAGAAAAUAUAUCAGUUGCGGAUGCCAACACAAAAAUUCGUCAAUGGUCAAGAUCUGGUUGGCAUGCUCACAAGGAUGGUAGCAUUCCCUGUCCACAAUCCAAUCAUGAGAGUAACCAUGGUUUUCUUGAACUGAGAAGCAUACGUUUUCUGUGUUCCAUCUCUGAACUAGUAUGUAAAGCUGAAGAACUAGCGGAAGCAUAUAAGGUUGCUGGAGAGACUUUUGAUAACUGCUGUUCUUGCUUGAAACUUGAUAGAAACACAGAUGAUGAAUAUACUUAUAUGAGGAAGGCAGCUUCUCGUGAAGAUUCCAUUGACAACUUUUUAUACACUCCUAGGGCUGUAGAUCUACAGAAGGAGGAUUUAAGACAUUUUCAAUCUCAUUGGAGCAAAGGGGAGCCUGUAAUUGUCAGCAAUGUGCUAGAACGUUCAUCUGGUUUAAGCUGGGAACCAUUUGUCAUGUGGCGUGCAUUUCGUCAGAAAACUAAUACUAAGCUCAGUCAACAACAUUUGGAUGUGGUUGCAAUUGAUUGCUUAGAUUUGUGUCAGGUAGAGAUUAAUAUCCACCAAUUCUUUACUGGGUAUAAAGACGGUCGUGAAGAUUGGCUUGAUUGGCCUCAAAUAUUGAAAUUAAAAGAUUGGCCUCCUAGUAACUUAUUUGAGGAGCGUUUACCCCGCCAUUGUGCUGAAUUUAUAUCUUCUUUGCCAUUUAAAGAAUAUGCAGAUCCUUACAUAGGUGCUCUUAACCUGGCUGUGAAGUUGCCCCAGGAUUUUAUAAAGCCUGACAUGGGACCUAAAACAUAUAUUGCGUAUGGAUUUGCUCAGGAGCUUGGGCGUGGUGAUUCCGUGACUAAGCUUCAUUGCGAUAUGUCUGAUGCUGUAAAUGUGUUGACUCAUAUUACUGAAGUCAAAUUGAAACCUAAGUGCACUAGUGCUAUUGAAAAUCUGAUGCGAAGCCACCUUGAGCAAGACAAAAAGGAGCUACUUGGAGAUGUUGAGGACGGAGAAACUAAUGUUGACAUGCCUGAUAAUACAUCUUCUAUCAUAAAUGCUUUAGACAAGGGAAAUACAAGUGAACUAGGUGAUGGGAAAGUGACAAUGAAAGAUGAAUGUGGUAUAUUGGUUCAGGGGGAUGCUUCAGAAGGUGCACUUUGGGACAUUUUUAGGAGACAAGAUGUACCUAAGUUGCAGGAGUAUUUAAAAAAGCAUUUCAGAGAGUUCAGGCAUGUCCAUUGCAGUCCUGUAAACAAGGUUAUUCAUCCCAUCCAUGAUCAGACCUUUUAUCUCACUGUGGAGCACAAGAAGAAGCUUAAGGAAGAGUAUGGAAUUGAGCCCUGGACUUUUGUCCAGAAGCUAGGAGAUGCUGUUUUUAUUCCAGCUGGUUGUCCUCACCAAGUCAGAAAUCUAAAGUCAUGCAUCAAGGUAGCACUUGAUUUUGUUUCUCCUGAAAAUCUGGGGGAGUGCUUCCGUUUGACAGAAGAGUUUCGCACACUUCCGAUAAAUCACAGGUCGACCGAGGAUAAAUUGGAGGUGAAGAAAAUGACUGUGCAUGCUAUGAUUGAUGUGGUCGAAAAGUUGAAGAAUGCAAGAUCGUGUCUUGGGAUCAAAGAGACGCCUGCUUUGAAGGUUUAUUCUCGGAGGACGAGGCCCUUGGGGCAUGAAGAUGAAGAGAAGCCUGCUUUGAAGGUUUAUUCUCGGAGGAUGAGGCCCUUGGGUCAUGGAGAUGAAGAGAAUGCAACAUAGGUUAAUUUAAGUUUAAUGUUAGAUGACGUUACUAACAUUGUACAUUUUGUAACUUCUGAAUGUAUAAACGAUGAAAUUCUAUGCAUUGCUUAUUUGAUGUCAUGAUUUUUGUUGACAUUUUCUGCCUAGUUAUGUUGAGUCUUGAGUGAAGAAAAACCAUAUUCAAGGAAACUUCAUACUGUGCCACGUCCAGAACAUGAUAAUUCAAUUAGAAACUUGAAUCCUGUUA